UGCAUGAAGUCUAUUUUAUCAACUUCUCGGCCUUAUCAUCAGCUCGUCUCAUGAGUUCUACAGAAUUAUUAUUGUGAGUUUCGAGAGAUUUUCUGUUGUUGUUUCAUUUUUUUGUGAGUGCAAGAAAGAAAAAUGGUUUUAGGGUAGGGGAUUAGAUUGGUUCUCAAGGAAUGCCAAUGAAUAUCUCAGUUAUCACGAAAUCAAGUUACGUUAGAGUACAAUCUUAUCAAUGUGAGUUGACAAACAUCAACGAAUAGGAUUUGGUGAAUUAUGAAUUGACGUAAACAAUUUUAAAGGAGUGGAUGUUCCCCGUAUGACAUUGAAAGUGGCUGUCGAAAUGGUGAAUCAAAGAUGAUGAAUAUGCAGUAAUUAUAAACAGAAGGAACUUCGAUCGAUGAAGAUACGUAGAAGCAGAAAAUUACUCGUGUACUCGUACACUGGCGAAAAAUAAAUUCAUUUUUUGAGGAAAAAGAAAUAUUGUUAAUCAACGACUUGUGAAAAUGGCUGAGAAAAUAGUGGCGAAUCAGCCUCAGCCCAUUGUCAAAAUUGGACAUUACACUUUGGGUCAAACACUAGGGGUUGGUACAUUUGGAAAAGUGAAAAUUGGAGAACACGUUCUAACAAAACACAAAGUCGCAGUGAAGAUUUUAAAUCGACAGAAGAUCAAGAGUUUAGAUGUCGUCGGAAAGAUUCGACGAGAAAUUCAGAACCUUAAGUUAUUUCGGCAUCCACACAUCAUUAAAUUGUAUCAGGUUAUCAGUACUCCAACGGAUAUAUUCAUGAUAAUGGAAUAUGUGUCAGGAGGUGAAUUAUUCGAUUACAUCGUUAAGCAUGGAAAGCUAAAAGAGUACGAGGCUCGGCGAUUCUUCCAGCAGAUAAUCUCAGGUGUUGAUUACUGUCAUCGACACAUGAUCGUCCACCGAGACCUCAAACCAGAGAAUCUGCUACUCGAUCACAAUUUGCAUGUUAAAAUCGCAGACUUUGGUCUCUCAAAUAUGAUGAUGGAUGGUGAAUUUUUGAGAACAUCCUGUGGCUCACCAAAUUACGCAGCACCCGAAGUAAUAUCAGGAAAACUGUACGCUGGCCCAGAGGUCGAUAUUUGGUCGUGUGGAGUGAUUUUAUACGCAUUACUCUGUGGUACACUUCCAUUCGACGACGAACACGUGCCCACACUAUUUCGAAAAAUUAAAUCUGGAAUAUUUCCAAUUCCCGAGUAUUUAAACAAAAGCGUAGUUAGUCUUUUAUGCCAUAUGCUUCAAGUCGAUCCGAUGAAACGUGCAACGAUAGAAGACAUAAAGAAGCAUGAGUGGUUUCAAAAGGAUUUACCAACGUAUCUCUUCCCAUCUCCAGUAGAGCAAGACUCGUCAGUCAUCGAUAUUGAUGCUAUUAAUGAAGUAUGCGAGAAGUUCAAUGUUAAAGAGGCUGAGGUGCACUCGGCAUUGUUGGCUGGUGAUCCACAUGAUCAACUGGCAAUCGCUUAUCAUCUCAUUAUUGAUAAUAAAAGGAUCGCUGAUGAGGCUGCCAAGGCUGAGAUUAAGGAUUUUUAUGUUGCUUCGAGCCCACCUCCAGUCGCAUUCAGCCCCAGUGAAAAUUCCAACAGCCCUCUCAGACCGCAUCCAGAGCGAAUCGCACGUAAGGCUUUACGAGAGAGACAGGGAUCACAGCCUAGUGCUCAGCCUUUACCUCAAGGAGCUCGAGGGACCCCUGUCAAACGAGCAAAAUGGCAUUUAGGCAUCAGGUCCCAAUCCAAACCGAAUGACAUCAUGAAUGAAGUUUAUCGUGCCAUGAAAGCAUUAAAUUUCGAGUGGAAAAUUAUAAACGCCUACAGUGUUCGCGUUAGACAGCAGAAUAAGUUGGCAAAUAGACACAGCAAAAUGUCUCUCCAGCUUUAUCAAGUUGAUUACAAAAGCUACCUCUUAGAUUUCAAAUCACUGGCGAAUGAUGAGACCGACGAUUUCAUGAAGGAUCCUACAUCUCUCCCGUCUCAAUCAACUGGCCAUCAUACUAUGGAAUUUUUCGAAAUGUGUGCAGCCCUCAUAACGCAAUUGGCUCGUUGAAAUAUUUACUGCUAGAUUACGAUUGACAUCUGUUAUAUUUUUUUUAGUCUACCAAAAAAUAGAAUUUAUUAGAUACUUUUGAGUCAUCAGUUUCCAUUUGUGGUGGUCUCCUAGGGGAUUUUCGUAAUUGUGUAAUGUAAUUGCCAUCAUGUACCUCUCUAUUAUGUGAAAAAUAAAUUUUAAUUUACUUCAUUAA